AUGCCAGCCGGCCCGCAGCACCCGCAUCAACCUCACUCCGCCGGUGCACCCCAGCCCCAUGCCUACCAGAGCUACUCAGUGGAGCCCUCGACGGCGUACGCGGCCGUCGGAGCGGGAGGAGGGUAUCGGCCGGCGCAGGAAGCGUUCGAGGUCCCGUCGGCCAAGCGGAGGAAGCUCUCGGUGGCUGGCACUGUCGCCAGUAGUCGGACGGACAACCAGCAACUGCAGCUCAACGCGCCUCCGGCUCCAGAGCCUGUUCUCCCAAUGGAGACUGGGAUGGAACCUCCGGCCCAGGCGCCAGAGAAGUUGAGGGGAGGAACUGGAAGCUCAGCAGUGGGAACGGCACCUGGGACGAAAUCGAAACGAGUGCGGACGGGGUGUCUGACUUGCCGCGAGCGGCACCUCAAGUGCGACGAGGGUGUGCCGGACUGCAUGAACUGUCGCAAGAGCAGUCGCGAAUGCAAGAGGGGUGUACGGCUGAACUUUAUCGACGUGCAGGUCAAAUCACCACCGUAUAUGCCGCCGGCGGUCGAGUGGGCAGUGAGGUUUGAGGAUGAGUCAAGGUCGAUUGCAUCCGAAUAUCAAGGCGGACUCAGUCGAUAUGCGCCGUUUGACCAGAAACCUGUGGCUACUCAGAACGCUGACAGGCAGGCUGCCCAACAACGGCGCCCGAGCGUAGCGGAAGCAGGCGCGUCGAUGACAAGCGAAAACAACACACAGCCACCUCAGGUGCCAUAUUUUCCGGCAAUUAGGACCCUCCAGGUCGACCCGGGUUUCGAUGACCAGAUGCAGCUGCAUUCGCGAAGGAGUAGCGAAAUGUCUUUUAUGGGCAUCUCUCCGGGCCAGGGGCAGACGAAUCUCGGAGGACCAGGCGCGGGUAAUAGUGGAAACUUCACGUUGGCAGCGCUGGAUGACCAGUACAGCCUGAAGGGCGACAAUGCUCCGCGGACGCACAACUACAAGGGCAGUGAUGUCUCCAGCGUCGCAUCGUCCAUGGUACCGCAGAGCCUCGGACCGGCAUCGAACGCAUCUUUCCGAACGGGCACGGGUCCGACGCAAUCGAACCCGCCAGAUGGGGCUAUGACGCCGCAAUCUGACCACGCGCCCGGGGAUAAGGAGUAUCUGAGCACUCCCGAGGAGAUUCUGUACAUGCAGGUAUUUGUCGAGGAGGUCGGGGUGUGGAUGGACUCUCUGGACAAGGACAAGCAUUUCAGCAGAGUGAUACCCUAUCUCGCGCUCAAGUCGCCCAUGCUCCUCAACGCAUUCCUCGCUUGCGGCGUCAAGCAUCUGACAUUGGUGAACCAGCAGUACAAGGACGACAAGGCGCUCUUUUACUAUGACACUGCGACCACACAACUGUUGCGAAGCUUGCAGAAUCCCGACAGGAAUAUGGCCGAGUGUGCCACGACGGCGGUUGUGCUCAACGUCUACGAGAUCAUGAGUGAGAAGCCGAGCGCGAGGAUGAGCCAUAUCGCAGGCGCGCGAGCACUGAUUCGGGAAUGCGGAUGGAAUGCCAAGAGUACGGGGAUCGGGGCGGCGUGUUUCUGGCUAAACAUUGGCAUGGAGGUGCUGAGCUGUCUCUCCUUUAACUGGCAGACAGCUUGGGAUCCCGACCAGUGGGACUUGGAUCUCGAUUUCAUCCAGCAAUUGGAGAGCGGCGUGGGUACAAAGAGCGAGUCCGACACCAGCGGCAACAGCAUCGGCAACGGCGAGGAGGAGAUCUGGGUCCACCGCAUCUUCUACAUCGUGGCCAGGAUCGCCAACUUCCGGGCCGGUGUGCCCAAGUUCCAAGAGCCUUCGCCGCACGACGAGGAGGUGAGAAAACAAAAUCGCUUUGCGGAAUGGAGCUACUUGAAGCGUCUCUGCGACCUGUGGAAUAACCACUGCCCCCGACCGAUGAGGCCGUUUGGGUACAUGAAAGCCCAGCCAGGUGCCAAGUCUGCCUUUCCGAACAUCUGGCUUAUCAAACGCGCCGCCAUCAUCGGCCGCCUCUACUACCACUCGGCCAUGUGCCUCCUCGCGCAGAUCAACCCCAUCCAGCCGGCCGACCACCCGGAGAACAUGAUGCAGCAGCUCCACCACGCGCACCAGGUCUGCGGCAUCGUGGCGCACACCAAGGACCGCGGCGUGGCCAGCGUGGCCAUCCGCAGCCUGACCAUCUCCGGGUGCGUGCUGCGCGAGCGGCGCGAGCAGGACGAGGUCCUGGCCAUACUCGACAAGAUCAACGCCGAGACGGGGUGGCGCCUGGGCAAGGUCCACGAGGAGCUGUACCGCGCCUGGCGGAGGGAGAAGCCGGCGACGGCCGGCGGUGCUCUAGGCGUGUCUGCGCCGGCGACGGUGCCGGGCCCGGGGCCGAUGCAGAUCGGGCCCAGGCCGCAGAUGAACGGUGGCGUCAUGCCGGCGCUGCCGCCGCAUUUGAGUCUGGGGACGCCUCAGGGGCAGCAGCAGCAGCAGCAGCAGCAGCAGCAGCAACAGCAGGCUCCUCCGCCCUUGAAGCAGCCUCCGCCUCCGCUGCAGCAGCAACAGAUGCCACCUCUACCGCCGCAGCACCAGCCGCCGCCGGUGGUUACGUCGGCCGCCUCGGUGCCUGUCGCGACGCCCGCUCCGCAGAGGAGGCCUGUGCACCCUCUGCUCGUGCAGGCCGACUUCAGUCUGCCCAAUCACCCGUACCAGAACUGGUAUGAGCCGCCGAACCGGACGAGUCAGUACAAUUCGCAGGGGUUUUGGUCUGCUGGGUGA